AAGAAAGCUAAAGGAGGAGGGAGAGAAGGGGAGAGAGAGAGAGAGGAGAGAGCUCCGGCAAACACUCUCGUUACUGAAAUACUAAUUAAAAUAAAAAAACAAAGGGAGCGAGGUAGCGACAUUACCGUGAGAUUCGGCGAUCCGAGUUGUCUGGCGGAGAAUCGCCUCGCCACGGGGGCGAUUGCGGUUGCUUUCUCCUUCCUCUCUGUCUCUCCGAGCGCAUGCAUUGUCUGUAAUCUCUCCUAUCGAACAGAGACUUCCAGUCUCUGGAAGCUACCGACCCCCUCGAUCCCCACUGCAUUUUCCCCUAACAAACAAGGGAGAGGCUGCAGUUAGAAAUACGGAUCGAGUGAGUGGGUACGUAUGUACGUCUUCAACAUUGGAAUGCACAUGUGAAGCUCGGUGAUUUCGAUUUCGGUUAUAGUUGAGGGUGGGAAACAUUAGUAUAAUGGCAACGAGGCAAGGAAACAUGUACGCAAUUCCGAUGCCUCCGACGCUCUCCGAGCCUAACAGAAGUAUCGUGGACGAUCCCGAUGCUUCCUCCUUGCGUGCUUAUCAAGUUUGGAAAGGGAGCAAUAGAUUCUGCCUGGGAGGCAGGCUUAUAUUUGGUCCAGACGUGAGGUCCAUAUUCCUGACCUUGAUUAUGAUCGUGAUUCCAGUUAUUCUGUUUUGUGCUUUUGUUUCUCAAAGCCUCAUUAAUGAAUUCCAGCACCAUCUGGGCAUUCUUAUUGUAGUUGUAUGCGCUGCCUUCACUGUAUAUAUUAUAAUUCUACUCUUCCUCACUUCUGGAAGAGAUCCUGGCAUCAUUCCUCGUAAUCUACAUCCUCCAGAUCCUGAAGAUGAUUGCGAUAGCUCAAAUUUAUCUGCUGAUUGGGCUGGAAAUCAAAAUGGUGCUCGAAGUUUACCACCCAUGAAAGAAGUUACGAUUAACGGCAAAGUCGUUAAGGUCAAAUAUUGUCAAACAUGCAUGCUGUAUCGCCCUCCGCGAUGCUCUCACUGUUCUAUUUGCAAUAACUGUGUUGAGCGUUUUGAUCAUCAUUGCCCAUGGGUGGGACAGUGUAUUGGGAAGAGGAAUUACAGAUUCUUCUUCAUGUUUGUGUCCUCCACAAGCAUGCUUUGCCUCUAUGUUUUUGCCUUCUCCUGGUUCAACUUGUGGAAAAUAAUGAACGCAUACCAUUGUAAUCUCUGGAGUGCUUUUCUGAAGUCCCCUGUUUCAGGGAUUCUGGUUUUAUAUACAUUCAUAGCUGUUUGGUUUGUUGGAGGUCUUACCACAUUUCAUCUCUAUUUAAUUUUCACCAAUCAGACAACGUAUGAGAAUUUCCGGUACCGGUGUGAUGGAAAGACGAAUCCUUAUAACCGUGGGUUCUCUCACAAUAUUGUGGAGAUCUUCUUUUCUAAAAUUCCCAGAUCUAAGAACAACUUCAGGGCAAUAGUCAAGGGGGAUUCAUCUUCUGUCUUCACCACUUCAAUGGCAUUGGGCCGUACCAUGAGCCCAGAAAUGCCCAAGAAAAGCUUUGACAUUGAGACUGGAAAACGGCAAGCUGUUGGUACUGAAGAUUUUGAAGAUUUACAGAGUCAGAUGAAGAGUGUUGGACUGGAGAGGAGUGGAACCCAGCCAAGACGUGCAAACUGGGAUCACAAAGCAAAUUGGGAGAUCUCACCCGACAUUCAAAUGUUGGCUGCUGACUAUGCGAUGGAACAUGGUUUGACAAGCAGACAAAAAAUACAUGAAGGCAACUAAAGUAAUAUUCUUAUCUUAAGAGCCAAGAUAAAAUUUGCUAGCAUGGCUAAUUGAAAUUCUGGAAGUAUAUUUCGCCAUGCUAUUUUGCUUUCUAGGAAGAAAUACACUAGUUCGGUUAACACGUGAAGAGGGGGAAAUGUUGGAAAUCAAACUACUUUCAUGGAUGCUUGGGGGUGAGUCUUUUGCUAAAUGCUAUAAUGUCUAUGUUUUCCUCUACGAGUUUGGUCGGGCGUUGAUAAUUCUUACUUUGUUGGACAAGUCAAUAGUGAGGCAGUAAAACCAAAAGCU